AUAACAAUAAUGAAUAAUGCUCGGACAACUUUGUAUUAAAACAUGGGAAACCACAACGCUGUAUCAUUGUUAAGUCAAAAUCGUACACGCGAACACGUGUCUAUUUUAUCAUUUAGAUAAUUAUAAAAAUACGAGUGUAGCAGUAUUCGGCUAGUAAUAGUGAAGAGUAGAGCAAUGGAUCGUUAACAAAGUGAUAAAAUAUUAUUAACACGAUUCUUAUCUCUAUUAUUACUACUUUAUUACCAACCGAUGAAGGUCAAGACUGAAAGUUGUAUAACAAGCAAGUACAAUUUUAAUGUACCAUGUCCGAGCUCGUUCUCAAAAGCCGCGCCGACUGGAAAGCCCGCCCCCCUACGCUCGUCGAGCCAAUGACCAACCCCGUCCCUUACGUCAUCAUCCACCACAGCUACAUCCCCCCCGCCUGCAGCUCCACCCCCGAGUGCGUCGCCGCCAUGCAGCGCAUGCAGGACAUGCACCAGAUCACCAACGGCUGGAACGACAUCGGCUACCACUUCGCGGUGGGCGGCGACGGCAACGCCUACGAAGGUCGGGGGUGGUCGGCGGUGGGCGCCCACGCCCCCAGGUACAACAACAUCAGCAUCGGGAUUUGCGUAAUCGGCGACUGGCAGGCGGAGCUGCCGCCCCCGCAACAACUAGAGGCGGUGCAUAAAUUAAUCGCGUGCGGGGUGGAGAUGGGGAUGAUUCAGGAAGACUACAAGCUACUAGGGCACAGACAGGUCAGGGACACGGAGUGUCCCGGGGAUAGGUUAUUCCAGGAGGUGACGACGUGGCCGCACUUCCACCCCAUGCCCAGGUACCGCCCCAAGGAGGAGGAGAAAGGGAGCAGCGGGGUGGACGAUAACAAGCUUUUUUUUUUCAAAGGCAAAUCCUGAUCGGGGCGAUGGUGGUGGUGGGCGGUGUUUUGAAGAGGUGGAUUGAGUUUGACCACUGAGUACAAAGAGGAAGUUACUAUAGAUUUACAGGAGGCGUAGGUUGUAGAAGUAGGGGGGAAGUAUUAUAAAUUGUAUCGAUGGAAAAUUAAAUGAAAAAUAAUGUCAAUAAAUCUAUUAAGUCUU